CAAGCCCUUGGUCCCAUAAAUUUUUACAAAUAGUAAAGAAAAAUAGACCGAAUCGACAUUAGGAUCGACCAAACCAAAUCGAAUUUACUAUUGAUUCAGUCUCGAUCCUAAAAUAUCUUUCAAUAUUGAACCGCAGUUCUCAUGAAUUUAGUCCGGAUCCGGAACCGUUGCACACACUCCUAUAUACGACCACACCACCUCAACGCCUCCACUUGAUCCGACUUUUGACUGACUUGCGUUGACUUGAGUCUUGCAAAACAGUAAGAACUAAGAACCUAAAAAAGACUCCAAAACUUUGGCAUAAAAAAACAGAGUAACUGGGCUGUUUCUUUCUUCCCCAAGCCCUUAAUUGCGAUCUUCAAGCCAUCUUGCUCAGGAUUCUUGAUCGGCUGCUUGGCGCUGAACCUGAACCACCAGUCCACCAUGUCUACCCCUGGAGAAUACUAUCGAUCGUUGCCGCCGGUGAGCAAGACCUACGGAGUGGCUUGUCUAAUGACAACCGCAGCUUUCUACCUGGAUCUUUACAACCCCGAGAGCAUUGCUCUGUUUUAUGACGACGUCUUCAAACGCUUCCAGAUUUGGAGGCUGAUCACCAAUUUCUUCUUCCUGGGUCCCUUCUCCUUCCCCUUUGCUUUCCGUCUAAUCAUCAUAGCGAAAUAUGGAGUUUCCCUGGAGAGAGGACCCUUCGACAAGAGAACCGCUGAUUUCGUGUGGAUGUUCUUCUUCGGAGCACUCUCACUUCUCGGGAUGGCGGCGGUUCCUUCUCUGUGGUCGCCGUUCAUGGGAGUUUCUCUAGUUUUCAUGAUAGUCUACAUCUGGGGCCGAGAAUUCCCCAAUGCCCGCAUCAGCAUUUACGGACUCGUCUCCUUGAAGGGGUUCUACCUUCCAUGGGCAAUGUUGGCGCUGGAUUUGAUCUUCGGCAACCCACUGAAACCGGACAUCCUGGGAAUCGUCGCCGGCCACAUCUACUACUUCCUGACCGUGCUUCAUCCCCUCGCCGGCGGCAAAUACGUCCUCAAGACUCCUCGCUUUGUGCACAAAUUGGUGGCAUUCUGGGGUGAAGGGAAGCAGCUGAAUUCUCCAUUUCAGAGCGACCCAUCGGCGGGAGUUGCUUUCCGGGGAAGAAGCUACCGUCUCAGUGGCGGCGGAGGGCGACGACAAACGCCACCGGCGAGCGGUGGUUCACCAGCAGCAACAACAGGGGAGCAGCAGCAGGGGAAUGCCGCCGAGGGAGUAGCUUUCCGCGGGAGAAGCUAUCGCCUUGAUACACGCACUAAUGCAUCCGCUUAGGUAAAGUACACCCUAAAUGAGGAUGUAAUAUAUAGUGGAGGACCUCUCAAGGUCGUAUUCUACGGGGUUUCGAAACUAUUGACACUCGAAGAAUGUUGUCGGUAUCUAAUCGAAUAAUCGAGGUUGUUUAAUCCUAAUCAAACACAGAAGAUGGUAUUACUUAAGGUUCACUCAAGAGAAAGUAGGGGUGGGCAUACGGUUCGGUAAAACCGAACCGAACCGAAACCGAAUUAAUGUUAUUCGGUUCGGAAUUCGGAAGAGAAAAGGGCAUAUUUCGGAAACCAGGGUCCUUUCGACCGAACCGAAUUUCCGAAUUCUGAACCGAAAAACCGAAUUAUUAUAAUUGCAAGCUCUAAAUUGUGGAUUUUUAUGUUUCUACUUAUUAUGAGACUUAAAUAUUUGAAUCAUGUUAGUGUUUUAUGACUUAUGAGUUGAAAUGUUUGAUUUUAUCAUUGAUGAUGCAUAUUUAUUGUUUGCAUUAGGGGUGAAAAAUAAGUUAAAAAAGAGAAAAUACAAGCUAACCUCACUAUUUCGGUUUUGUAUGAAAAACUGAACCGAAUUAUAAUUCGGUUUGAACCGACCAGACCGAAUUAUAAUUCGGUUCGAAUUCGGUUUGAAGUUUGAUAGAAUUCGGGAACCCGGUAUGCAUAAUUUCGGUUGGGUUUGAACCGAACCGACCGAAUGCCCACCCCUAAGAGAAAGGGUAUUUGGGUCCCUAACAUCAGUCAAGUGAAUUGGCAACAUAGAACUUCCUUGUAUAAUUGCUAACUAUCCAAAAUGUAGGCAUCUAUAUUGUAACAAAUGGAUCAAUGCAAUUAAGAGGAGAUACAAACCCAAUGGUCAUGCAAUUAACCGAAUGGUCAUGCAAUUAACAACCUAGCUAGAGCUCUAGGGUUAGAUUCUUCAAGUAGAUACAAACCCAUUGAGCAUAUAGAUAGCAUUAAGCACAAUCAAAUGGACUUAGAUUUGAUAGGGAAUCAAACAAUUCAAUUCCAGUCACAUAAGAUUCACUGCAUGAAGUUAGGAGUUCUCACCCCAAGCACAAAGGAGAUUGCCUCAUGAAAGAGGAGAAGAAAGAGUUACAAAGAGGAAGGAAGAACACCAUCUUCAAGGGAAGUUCAAUUCUUCAACUCCAAGUCUAGGAGAUGAGCAAUCUUCCAUUUUUCUCAAGCCUUAUUCUCCACUCUAGGUGCAAAAAACAUCACUUCUCUCUUGUGGAUGAUAGAAAUUUGAAAAAAAAUCAUAUCCCUGUAGUUUGAAUUUUGAUCUCCUAUCUAUAGGCUGGGGGAUGUGCGAGAUCAGGGUUGGAGUUCACCACCAUAAAAUCCAUAUUGUACAUGUGAUCUUUUGAAACGAUGCCGCUUGAGAUCGUUGACUUGACAAAUUGAGUGUUGAGAAUUCUCGAUCGUGAUCUUUAAGUUCAUGGCUUUGAUCUUGAGAUCACGGCUGAAACUCCCACCCAUGAACUCACCAACUACACCCGUGAAACUCUCUGUUUCGUUUACUCAUUUUGGGUAUAGCGUUCACGGGUGCAGCCGUGAGAUCACAUGUGUGAUCUUUGGUGCUCACCCCUGAACUCAUAUCACGGGUGAGGAUCAUGUUUAUGGUCCCUGCCCUGCAGUUUUGCUAUUCAAACUCUCUGUCUUUGAGCCUACACUUGUACCCAAUCUUAUCUCGAUUGCGCCCAACCCUCAUAAACAUCAUUUAAUCCUAUCAAUAUCGAAAUAGCAACAAACCUUAGACUAAUUCGACAAUUUUGGAUGCAAACACGUUAAAAUCAUCAUGAUAACCCUUAAUAAUUCGGUGUAAAACUACCUAAUUCAGGUGUUACCGAAUCCUCCCACACUUAGACUUUUGCUUGUCCUCAAGCAAACAUGUGACCUAAUUGUAAACUUGAAGCCUCUCUUUUCCCCCCACACUUAAUAAUGGGGUACAAACUACCUAAUUUCUUUGUUUAGGCGAACCUGUGUUGCAUUUAAGUCAAAUUGGAAGGGAUUGAUUAGGACAUCAAGUGUAGUUUGAAUAAGGGAGAAGUUCGCAGGCACAAGGUGGAGAUCACAACCAGGAAAGCUAUGAGAAGAAGAGGAGCAUUUGGAGGUUUUCUGAGCCAAUUUCUCCAGCAACAAGACACUUCCACUUGAUGCUUUCUAUUCCCAUUGAUGCAUUGAUUAUUUGACGGAUCAAGCAUCGCAGCACAAGAACGAUAAAUAAACUAAAACAACUAAAUUAGGGGUUUUCUUAUUCAUUGACUGAUUAAAACGUAGAAACAAAGUACAUAUUUAUAGUAGAACCAGAAAACCUAAUGACUUACUAAUCCUACAAGGACUCGGUAACUUAAUCCUAAAGAAACUACCUUAAACACUUAAUGAAUUAAUACAAUUCUUAAACCAUAUCUAAAACCGACUCAUAAACUAAUAAUAAUAAUAAUAAUGAUAAUGGGCGGCCAAAUACGAUAAUGCAUCACCCAUUUUCUAGGGUUUUCUUCCCCAAGCAUUGGGUAAUUUUUAAAGUAUUUGGGGUAAGACCCCCUAACCAUAGCCUAGGGGUUUUCAUGUAAUGGAUUGAAUGGUUUAGUUAUAGUGAGUUCUUGUUCAAUUGAUUUUAAUGUUUUAUCCAUGUUAAAUGUAUGUGGUAUUGAUAUUCAAACUUGACCAAGAGUAGAUCGACAAUUCUACAUUCACCUAGGUCAAGAAGGGGCUUACUCAUCUUAUGCAAAUUUGAAUAAUUGUAGGACCAUUGAGUUAUUUGUAUUGUGGACCUAAUGAGUUAUUUGAUGGUCAGUUCAAAAAACGAAGGAAAAAGACGGAAAACAGACGGUAGAUGGGUGGGUUAUCAUGUUGCCCCCUAACCUAUUACUCACUUUACUCAGUUUCGUAAGAUUGUCCUUGCCAUUAUGAGAAUCUUUAUUUGAGAGUUUCGAGUAAUUUAUCUAACGUCUGGAGGACGAGGAUAUGUACCAACUAUACUUGUGAAUUUACUCUUUUGUCCUUAACAUCAAGUUUUGGACGUGGUAUUGGAAUUUUUUUUAGGGUUAAUACCCUAGUUUGGCCCGAAGUUUAGCGUUAGUGACAGUUUUAGCCUCAUUUUUCAAAUAAGACAUUUAUGGCCCACUUUUAAAAUUAUUAGACAAAUUUGGCCCGGAAAUUAUGUUGACCGUUAAAACUAACGGUCAAACAUUUAUUCCGUUAGUUACUCAGCAUUCAGUGCUGAGGUGGCACUAACAUGUGCUGCCACAUCAUUUGCACAUAAUUUUUUUAUGUUAAAAUGAAAAAAAACAUGGAAAAACAAGUAAAUUAAUUUGGAGCCCACUUAAUCCCCCAUUCCAUUUUCAACCCUACCACCCACCCAUCCCUGCGACCACCUCCACCUCCCACUUUCACCCGCCGCCACCUCCAACUCCCAUUUUCCCCGCCGCUGCUAGCCCUGCCUUGCUUUCUGCGACCGAGCAAAUCAAAACCCACCCCUCCCAUUUUCUUCCACUUGCCCACUGAUUAACACCUCAGCGACCCAUCGGUGUGGUGGCCGCCAUUAACGAAAGCUUCUCUGGCUGGAAGUUCCAAGAGAUCGUCAUUGCGCGGGGAAAGCUUCUCGAUCUCCUCUGUCCCGACGACAUCGGUAGGCUCCAAAUCAUUCUUUUCAUCGAAAUAUUCGGUGCUAUUCGCUCUUUGGCUCAAUUCAGACUUACUGGAUCUCAGAAGGAUUAAAUCGUCGCUAGUUCCGAUUCCGGGAGGAUUGUGAUUUUGAAGUACGACAAGGAGAAGAGUGUGUUUGAUAAAGUUCACCCGGAGACAUUUGGGAAGUCAAGAUGCAGGAGGAUAGUUCCUGGUCAGUACUUGGCGGUUGACCCCAAGGGGAGGGCGGUGAUGAUUGGAGCUGGCGAAGAAGAAGGAGAGGCGGAAGAAUCGUCGGCCGCUCGGGAACGACUGGGGGAAGGAGAAACGAUGGAGUGAAUAAGGGGAAGAUCUAGUGGUCAACGUGACCCCUUCUCUGUAAUUCAGUUUUUCCAUUUGUUAUUAUUAUUUGUUUUAUUUUAUUUAAUUUGUAAAUGAUGUGGACAAGCCCAGUCAGUGGCAAAUGCUGAGUCAGUGAUGGAAAAAUAGUUGACCGUUAAUUCUGACAGUCAAACCGUCUCUCGGGCCAAAUUUGUCCAAUAAUUUUUAAAGUAGGCCACAAAUGUCUUAUUUGAAAAAUGGGGCCAGAACUGUCACUAACGCUAAACUUCGGGCCAAACUAUGGUAUUAACCCGUUUUUUUAUAUAAAAGAAGCUGACUUUCUAGGAAACAACACACAUUCAUAUAAGGCAGGAAGACAUCUCUUUUCAAAGCCUCAACCAUGAGGUUGAUUCGUUUCCACAGCUUGUGGUCUUCCAUUCCAUUCAUUAGUGAUUAGCGACUAAUUAAUAAAAGAAAUUUCCAUUAGAACAACCAAUUUCUUUCCUCUCGGUUAUUUAAUGGCGAUUUGAUGUUUUCCAUUCAAAUAUUUGUUUUUUGGAGCAAUUUGUGUGUUUUUUUUACUACAAAAUAUUCAACGACUAAUAUUUAAAAAAUAGAAAAAAUAUUGGAGGAGAAAUAAGAUAUAAUACUAGUCAUUAGUCAACCGAUUGAAUAUGAACGGAAUCGCAGGCACAAGUUUUUAAUUUAUUGUCUUGGAUGAUCAUUUUCCCACCCAUAUCCAAAUUCCAAAAAGUAGGUAGAAACCUACUCGAUUCAUUUCCUAUAAUAUUUUAUAAUUUAUAUUUGGGUAGCUAAACUACUAUACAGAUUAAUGGUAUAACACAUUAGACAAAUUCCCACAUCGACAAAGCACAUACGGAAUUCAUAGUUCAUAAGGAACAAUCCAAUUUUAAUGGAUACGAAACAUUUUGGAGUGGAAUAGAAGAAUUCUUACAAGAACUUCGUAAUUUUGUGUGGUUAGUGAGGAAAUUAGACAAAUUCCACGUGGACAAAGUACAUAAGAAAUUUCAUAAUACAUAAGGAACAAUCCAAUAUUAACUGACAAGAAACAUUUUGAGGUGAAAAGAGGAGCUCUUACAAAAUUUUCGAAGUUUUAAUGUGAUUACUAAGAAAAAUUAUUGAGAUGUUACAUUAAUAUUAUUAAAAAAAAAGUAUAUGUAUAUGCAUAAUAAACGAUUUGUUUAUUUAGUGAAGUUGGCAGGCAUUGUAAUUUUUAUUGAUCACCAUUAAUGGUCAACCAGACAAAUCAACUCGACAUAAUAAUAUAAGGUUGGAUUCGAACCGGAAUGCGACAGACAACUAAGAAGUCAAUAUUGUGAAGCUUGUUCUGUUCGGUAAAAGCGACAUUUUUACAGAAGCGUAGGUGGGAUGGAUCAUGGAGUUGGAGGGUUUCUCCUCUUAAUUGAAAACUUCAACAUCAAAGGGAGAUUAAAUAUGAAUUUAUCUCAACAAUUCGAUUUCGAGAUAUUAAGAUCAGUUGGUUUAUGACAUGGUGUUAGAGCUGAUUUGUCAUUGAGGUCCCACAUUCAAAUCCUUACGAACGGUGUCGCGACUAAGAAAGUGUAUCGGCACAGGGCAUCCACAUAUGAAAUGGGGCCUCCACCUAGAUCUGGUAGUUACUUCGAUCGUAUAUUAUAGGUUGUAUUUGUAGUGUACGAUAAAUUGAUUAUGAGUAUGAUGACGAGUUUACUUAUAUUAAUUAAUAACAGUGUUAGCUAUUGCCUUAUUGGUUAAUAUUCUCAUGUACAUAUACACUAGACACGUAUAUAGAUUGAAAACGAUGGUAGGGAAAAUACAAAAAUUAUAGUGUUAGUAGAUAAUUUUUAUUUUAAACUAUGUUAGAAAGAUGUUACAUUUCAAGUAAAUGAUAUGAUAUAAUCAUUUCAAUUUUAUUAUAUUUAAAGGUCAAUUUGGACCACAAUUACACUUGGAUUCUAUUGAUGGAGAAAAGAAGAAAAUGGAAGAUAAGAAGAAAAGGUUGGUUAACAAAAAGAUAAGUAAGAAGAUGAAAAGGGAAGUGGUCAAUGCUCCAGCUCAGCCAACCCAAAAACCUUCCAUUUCUGCGGAGUGAAAAAUGGCAACAGACGGACACGCGACGAGUUGUUUUGCGAAUCGCGCGAGGGCAGUGCCGAAUCACAUCACUCAGCUGAGAAAAUCACAAUCACAAAGUGCGACAAAAUUCCCCUUUACCCGAAUCCUACCCAGUGAGAAAGAACCAUGCUUGAUUGAAAUCCUGCUUUCUCUUCAUCCUUUCUCAUAAUUUUAGAGGGAAUACUACUUGUUAGUUUUGUAGGCUUUACUCUGUUUUGUUCUCUUCUGACGCGUCCUUGGGCAUCUCUCUGCAACUUCUUCCCGCUUCCGGCAAUUCCAAGGGAU